ACGUAGGUGUCGUUGUUUUGACAUAAGCCCAAGAUGGCGGUAUAUUUCAUUAGGGAUUCGUGAGAGAUAACUCUCCGAUCAAAAAUAUUUGUUGUAGAUUUAAUUGUCAGUGAAUUAUGGAGGCUAGUGCGAGUGCCGGUACUCGUACAACGCGGUUUAUGAUGGAGGGUGUCGGUGCCAGAGUUAUUCGUGGUCCCGAGUGGAAAUGGGGAAAACAGGAUGGUGGCGAGGGCCAUGUAGGAACUGUUCGCAACUUUGAAUCUCCCGAAGAGGUCGUCGUUGUCUGGGAUAAUGGAACAGCAGCUAAUUACCGCUGUUCUGGAGCUUUUGAUCUACGCAUCUUAGAUUCCGCGCCUACUGGGGUAAAGCACGAUGGCACGAUGUGCGAUACAUGCCGUCAACAGCCAAUUUUUGGUAUAAGAUGGAAGUGUGCAGAGUGUGGCAAUUAUGAUUUAUGCUCUAUUUGUUAUCAUGGAGACAAACAUCAUCUGAGACACAGGUUUUAUCGCAUUGCUACUCCUGGCAGUGAAAGGGUCCUCCUUGAGCCAAGACGAAAAAGCAAGAAAAUUGCAAUUCGUGGGAUAUUUCCUGGUGCCAGGGUUGUGAGGGGUGUUGAUUGGCAGUGGGAAGAUCAAGAUGGAGGUAAUGGGCGUAGAGGAAAGGUUGCAGAAAUGCAGGAUUGGUCAGCAGCAAGUCCUAGAUCAGCUGCCUAUGUUGUAUGGGACAACGGAGCGAAAAAUCUAUAUCGUGUUGGAUUUGAGGGAAUGGCUGAUUUAAAAGUCGUGAAUGAUGCCAAGGGACAAACCGUCUAUAGGGAUCAUCUUCCACUUCUUGGUGAACAGGCUCCUGGACGGACAGGACCUCAUGGACUACAGAUUGGAGAUCAGGUAAACGUCGAUCUAGAGUUGGAAAUAGUUCAAUCCUUGCAACAUGGCCAUGGUGGCUGGACAGAUGGAAUGUUUGAGUGCCUCGGUACGACUGGCACAGUUGUGGGAAUAGAUGAAGAUCACGAUAUUGUUGUCUCUUAUCCAAGUGGAAACAGGUGGACUUUUAACCCUGCGGUUUUAACCAAAGUACAAAUACCUGUCCCUGUGUCGAGUUCCAGUACAGAUAACCAGACCUUUGCAGUUGGCGAUUUAGUUCAGAUCUCUAAUGACUUAGAAAAAAUUAAGCUGCUACAAAGUGGGCAUGGAGAAUGGGCAGAAGCUAUGGUCCCGACUUUGGGUAAGGUUGGACGUGUUCAACAAAUAUAUCACGAUGGUGAUUUAAAGGUCGACGUUUGUAGUACUUCCUGGACUUAUAAUCCGCAAGCUGUUACCAAAGUAGCCAGCAGCGAUGGUUGUGUACCAGGAAAUACAAGCGGAGAACGUUUAUCAGCUCUCUUAAAAAAAUUAUUCGAAUCUCAUGUAUCUGGUGACGUUAACGAGGAGUUAGUAAAGACUGCAGCGAAUGGGGAUGCUGCUAAAUGUGAAGAUAGUUUGAAGCGACCAGAAGCAGACGUGAAUGGUGUUUUCGCCGGACACACCGCACUUCAGGCCGCUAGUCAAAACGGACAUCUUGAAGUAAUAAAAAUCCUUCUCCGGUACAAAGCCGACGUAGAGAUUGAGGACAAAGAUGGAGACAGAGCAGUUCACCACGCGGCAUUUGGUGAUGAGCCGGGAGUGAUGGCUUUGCUGGCUGGUGCUGGAGCAGAUCUCAAUGCCAGGAAUAAACGUCGACAAACUGCACUUCAUAUUGCUGUGAACAAGGGCCACGCAGGAGUUGUACGAACGUUAUUAGAACUAGGCUGCCAUCCGAGUCUCCAGGAUUCUGAGGGGGAUACACCACUUCACGACGCCAUAUCCAAGAAACGCGACGACAUGUUGGCUCUCCUGUUGGAUCACGCUGCCGACAUAACACUUACAAAUAACAACGGAUUCAACGCGCUUCAUCACGCGGCUCUUCGAGGAAAUCCUAGUGCGAUGCGAGUUUUGCUCUCAAAACUGCCACGACCGUGGAUAGUGGAUGAAAAAAAAGACGAUGGUUACACAGCCCUUCACCUGGCCGCUUUGAACAACCACGUGGAAGUUGCAGAACAAUUAGCUCAGGCUGGUAAAGCUGACCUGGAUCUGCAGAAUGUGAAUUUGCAGACCGCUUUACAUUUAGCAGUUGAAAGGCAACACACGCAAAUCGUUAGGCUCUUGGUACGCGAAGGUGCUAAUUUAAAUGUCGCUGAUAAAGACGGCGAUACCCCACUCCACGAGGCGCUUAGACAUCACACCUUAUCUCAGCUGAGACAACUACAGGAUGUUCAGGACGUUGGUCGACUUUUAAUGGGUCUCGGGGCCCAGGGUCAGGAUAAAAAGAGCAGCGCUUCUAUAGCAUGUUUUCUAGCUGCUCACGGGGCCGAUCUUACUUUGAAAAACAAAAAGGGACAAACACCUCUCGAUCUAUGCCCGGAUCCAAACCUUUGCAAAACGCUUACCAAAUGUCAUAAAGAUAAGGAAUCACACGACAUCGAAGCCACCGUACCAUCAGCAGCGAUCGACGAAUGUCUCGUUUGUUCGGAUGGCAAAAGAGAAACACUUUUCAAUCCCUGCGGUCAUGUGGCCUGUUGCAAUGUCUGUGCACCUAGAGUUAAAAAGUGUCUUAUAUGCCGGGAAAACGUUCUAGCGAGAGUUAAGAUCGAAGAAUGCGUCGUUUGCUCGGAUCGUAAGGCUGGAGUUUUGUUUCGUCCAUGCGGUCACAUGUGUGCUUGCGAAAGUUGUGCUUCUUUGAUGAAAAAAUGCGUACAAUGCAGGGCGCAAAUUCAGCACAUGGUACCGCUUUCCAUUUGCUGUGGAGGAGGAGGAACGAUAUCCGAAGUCAAAGCUGACCCGGAAGAGGAACCAGCUCCGCUAAUUUCCAAUAACGAAGGUGAAGCGGUUCUUAUGAACAACGGAAGUCGCGACACGUCGCACAGCGAUAUACAAAAAUUACAACAACAAUUACAGGACAUCAAAGAACAGACUAUGUGUCCGGUUUGUCUGGACCGUUUGAAAAAUAUGAUCUUCCUCUGCGGACACGGAACCUGCCAAAUGUGUGGAGACAGAAUGUCCGAGUGUCCAAUUUGCCGGAAGGCCGUCGACAAAAGAAUUUUGCUUUACUAGAAAUCAGCAAUCAAUGGACCCGUAUGAUCAGUAAUUGAAAAGUCUGUGGAAAAAAAGUAAACGCGUAGAAUUCAUCGAGUUUAUUAACUUUUUUUUCUUUUAUCGCAUAAACAGAAUAUAUUCAGCGAUGUUUUCCAUACAUAUAUAAAUAUACACAUUAUAUAUCUAUAGAUUAACAUAUUAUAGGUAGACAUUUGAUAAAAUUAAAAAUGGGGGAUCCGACUAAUGAUUCAUCAUUUCUUCCAUCUCGUUAAAAGGGUCUGCUUGAGUUCAUUCGGUUAUAUAAAUAUAUAUAUAUACACAAUAUUAUAUAUAUGUAUAUGAUUAUUAGAAACAAUAAUACGUAUAAUUAUCGCAGAUUAAUAGUCUGUGUGAUUAAAGGUUACAUUUAGGUAUUCAAUUGUUAUAUGUAUACAGUAUUUACUUAAGAAUUUAGACAGGCUGCAUUUUAUUUGUUAAAAUGCAUUUAUUUGAAAAAACUUUACACGUAGGGUCUUCCGAAUGUAAUACAUUUGUUUGCCUGUCCACGUAUAAUAUGCGUAUUACUACGAUUUUUGUUAUAAAAUGCAUUGUUACGGAAGGCUUGAUUGUAUGUCAAUGAGCCCGCGGGUGAUAUUGUGAAAAUUUUUCUGAACGUAAUUCAUUGAUGUAUUUACUUAUACUGAAUAAUCUUUACACAUGUUAUUAUUCGCUGCAUUGCAAUUCGAAUUAUAAAACUACCAAAAGUAGCUAAGAAUUUGAUUUAUCGAUUAAUGGUGAUGGCAUAGAUAUAUUGAACAUCAUGCUUUUGAAUCUAAUAUCAUAUUUUGCGGAAAGAAAACUUUCCCGCGUCUUCGAAAAUACUAUAUAAAUAAUGGGUUCGAAAAUGCUCAACAGCCAAUACUAGAAAAUUGAUAAAUGAAUUGUAAUUAUAGUGUAUUGACGGUGAAUGUGCAUGUAAUAUCGCAGAUCUCUGUUCGAGAAAUAAUUUGCGUAGGUGAAAUAUGACAAUUAAUUAUUACCGUCGAAUGAAUUUCUAGAUUUUAUAUUCAUAAAAACGAAUAAACUAAAAUUAUGCUUGAGAUAAAGCAGCUUCGUCACGUACUUUACGAACGAUAAUGGGUUCCUCCGGUUGUAUUUGGAAACUGCAUUAACGACCAGUAGUUUUACCAUCCAGACUAUCUACUCUCUACGGUUUUAAGAUACAUCUAGCGAUUGUGCUUCGGAAAAUGACAGAAACGGAGAAAGAAACGAAAGGCUCGCACUCGUCGAAAACCUUUCUACCCUAGCAUGAAUACACGAGUAUGUAACCGGUACUUCCGCUAUUAUUGUAUAUUGAAUAUAAAAAAUUCAGUACAAUAGAUAUAGUUCAAUAUAUCUAUGAUAAUAAGCAUAGAUAGAGACCAUAUAGGAUAAAAUGAGAAGGAAUAUUUGUCAUGCUUUUCACUUGGGGGUGUUUGAACGAUCAGCGAAGAGGGCAGCAUCUACUGGAGCAACUGAAAGCACCAUCUCACAAUUCUACACCACAACCACGAACGAAUCUUAUUGAUUUUCUACUCACAAUCAGUGCUUCCGAACUUCUUUCUGACAAUGAGUGGCAGAGUAUGAAAGCCCAGAUUCCUGCGGUGACCAUUUUUAAGAGGUAGUUUGAUCUACGAGAUUCAGAUUCUCGAGCUUGAGAUAUAAUGAAAUACACUCAUGAUAAAGCGAACGAUUUUUUACUAGAAAAUAGAGAACAAUCCAAAGCCAUUGCCUUCAGAUUUUUCAGGAUUUUUAUGCCAAAAUAGCGGUAGACAAAAUUUGCUCCAAAUCGUUUGAGUGGGUGUUUUCUGAUAUAAUUUAAUGUCGGAUACGCGAAUCCGACUACGAAAUCAGUUUUGGAGCGACAUUCUUGGAAAUAUGCAAUUUUCUCCGCAGCUACGAAUUAGUUUUAUGCUCAUCUCUCCUGUUUUGAUUUUUUAGAAAACGAAUCGUCAGCCUACAAGGCAUCUCGGCCCUACAUCAUAUGUCAUCAGCGUCAUCGUAUGUCCCGAGUAGGCAAUAUAAUAUUAAUUAAUUGUAUUCUACUUAUUUUAACAGCGCGCAUUUUUGCGAUUAAUCAUAUUGAAAAUUUAAUGUGAUUUGACGUAGGAGUAUCGCCCAUGAUAUUAGAACACUGUAAUCAUGAGAAAAAAUUUAUAUGUAAUCUUGAAUUGACUUACCUAUGAUGUGCGUGACGGUAUCCUGAUAUGUAUUUUUGACGAAUCAAUCAUUAAUAAACAUGACUUACUAUCAAUAAA